GUUGACUACACAGCUGACGCUUCUUGGCUAGCGAGGGGCAAACGGAAUGUCAGCGUCAGCAUAGUCGUGGUCACACAAUUAAACUUCUUCCUCACUUACAUCACAUCCUCAAAGCGCUCGGCGCACGAAUACUCAGAAUUGUGAUAUUCACACACGUUUCGCGCUUUAAAUUUAUAGUGCCCGGCCUACAUGCAGUUUUGUUUAUCGGAGUCAUAACACUAUGAAAAUCUGGACAUCAGAACACACUUUCGAUCAUCCAUGGGAGACAGUAGCACAGGCAGCAUGGAGAAAAUAUCCAAAUCCUAUGGUGCCGUCAGUUAUCGGAGCGGAUGUAAUCGACAGAAAAAUUAUCAAUGGUGUUCUUCUCACACAUAGACUUGUUGUGUCUACACAAUGGGGUUUUCCUAAGUGGACGCAAGCGUUAAUCGGUAACGCGCACUUGUGUUAUGCCAGUGAACGAAGCGAGGUCGAUCCUGUGAACAGACACAUGAUUCUCAGAACACAUAACUUAACCUUUGGCAAUCACAUCGCUGUGGACGAAGCUGUCAAAUACACGCCGCAUCCGGAAGAUCCUAACAAGACAUUACUCACUCAAGAGGCUGUAGUGACUGUAAGAGGGGUACCACUAACCAACUAUAUGGAGGAUCUCUUAGCUUCAAAAAUUUCCUUCAAUGCGAGUAAAGGCCGACAAGGGUUGGAAUGGGUGAUCAACAAGCUCGAAUCCGAGAUGAAGGAGUUCGCCUGAAAGGCUCGGCCGCCGUCGCGAAACUUGUGAACUGCCGUUAUCAGCACAACACGAGCGCCGGCGCCGGUGGGGAGCGGCAACUUCUAGAUCGAACGAUUACGCGGAUCAGAAGAACAUUAACGUCCCGGACUUCGUCAGAAACAAGCAGAUGAUUCGCCGCGGGCCACGUAGAUCGCCUAAUUGAAUUUUGCGGAACUUGUUAACAACCGGUUUACAGGCGAAUGUUCUCUUCUCUUGAAGAGAAGAACUUCGUACAUAGCAAUCUGCAAGAAUCUGUUAAGCGACGAGCAAAAAUGAUUAUUUGAUAUAGAGACGUAUAGAGACGUAUGAGAGAAAAAUGCGUAGAUUUAAU